AUGUCGCAAACCAUUGGCCUCACGCGGCUCUCCUACUCCCGCGUCUGGCACCAAAUCUCCGCCUCGACGCCGCACCCAUCCCUAUCGACGCAGCCCUCCGUCACGCCCCCCUCCCUCGGGCGCCUCGCCUCCCGCAUCGCCGUGCUCCUCAUGGGCAAGAACAAGCCGACAUGGGACCCGUCGACCGACUGCGGCGACUACGUCGUCGUCACCAACUGCGCGGCGCUGCACGUGACGGGCCGCAAGAUGUGGCAGAAGACAUACUACCGCCACACGACGCGGCCGGGCUCGCUGCGCAGCGUCACGAUGGACGUGCUCAUGGCCAAGCACGGCGGCGCCGAGGUGCUGCGCAAGGCCGUCAGCGGCAUGCUGCCGAAGAACAGGCUCAGGGACAAGAGGCUGGCGCGGCUCAAGGCCUUUGAGGGCGACGCGCACCCGUACAAGCAGAAUGUCAUUCGGUUCGGCGAUGUCAAGGUUGGGGAGACGGGCUGGGAGGAGGCUGCCAGGGCGAUUCGCGACGAUGGGCUGAAGAGGGUGUAG